AUGCCUCGCUCCGUCGCUCGCCUGAGCACCCACGACGAGCGAGACGAAGAAGCAGAAGACCACCAAAGCCUCCUCUUCAUGCCGCCCACUCCGCUCGAAGGUCCUUCAGCUGCGUCCUCAACCUACUGGUCAUCGACCUCCUGCUCGUCAUCUUCUUCGUCUGACAAUGACUUGCCACCCGUCCAAAACAACAACAGCCAUCAAAAACAAAAGCAAACCCACUGGACCCCCAUCAUCCUAAUCCAGCUCAUGGUCUUCCUCUCGGCCAUGGGCGUCGUCAUCUCCUUCGCUCCGCGCACGCGUCUGUUUGAGGAUAUCAUUUGCAGGAAGUAUUAUGCUAUUCAUAAUAGGACGACCGAGACCACCACCACCACCACAACCACCACCCUUCUUUCCGUCACCACCAACCUAGACCUCAGCCCGGCGCAAGCGCCUUCCGAAUCUCAAUGCAAAAUCGCACCCGUGCAAGACGCCCUCGCCGAGCUUUUCGGAUGGCAGAUCUUCUUCGACGGCAUCCCCGGCUUGUUACUAGCCAUGUACUACGGCGUUUUGGCCGACAAAAAGGGUCGCAGUGCGGUGUUGUUUCGGUCCUUGCUGGGUCAAGUCUUAGCAGCGGGUUGGGUUCUCUACGUUGCUUGGCGAUGCUCUUCUGCUUCGGCGCUCUCUUCCGGCUCUGGCGCAGGCAGCGACAGCGAUGGGAUCAUUGGCAGCUGGGCACAUCUGCUAUCGCUCAAAGCCACUUGGUUGAGUUCCUACUUCUUGAUCAUUGGCGGAGGAAGCACGGUCACGAGCGCGGUGGGUAUGAUGAUUGUCACGGACGCGACGACGGAGGAGAAUCGCAGUCGCGUGUUCUUCGCUGCGCUGUCGACGCUGAUCACGGCGGAGUUGCUGGGUCCGGCUGCUAGUACGCUGAUGAUGCGGAAGUGGGGGCUUUGGGUUCCUCUGGGAGUUGGGUUUGGGUGCCUGGUUACGAGCGCUGUUUUGACAGCGAACAUGCCGGAGACGAUGCAUCUCAAGCGGGCCGGGUCUGGAGCAGCUGUCGACCCAGAGGCGUUAAUACCCCAGGAAGAGUACGACGACGACACGGAGGCGUCCGUCAUCAACGGAGUCAACACAAAGAGGGGCCAGGACGUCAACAAAUCCGCCAUCCAAGUCUACCGCCACGCCGCCCACACUCUUGCCUACAUCUUCCACCACCCUAGCAUCUUGUUCGUCGUUCUCGCCUUUUUGGUCGCCGAUUACUCGCGCGAGUCGCUAGUUAUGCUGAUGCAGUUCGUUUCCACGCGCUACCAUAUCCCCAUCGCUCAGGCAAACCUCCUCAACUCCUUCCGCGCCUUCACCCAACUCUUCAUCGUAACCAUCCUCCUCCCCUCCAUCGACUACCUAAUCACCCAUCGUCUCGGCGUAGCCGCCCUGCGCAAGGACCUGAUCCUGUCUCGCAUCUCCUUCUGCUUCGUCACCGCCUGCUUCGGCGUCUUGGUCUGGGCGCCCUCGCUCCGCUACGUCUUUGUCUCUUUGACUCUCUACACCCUCGGUUCUGGAUUCUAUCCCUUUGGUCGGAGUUUGCUGGCGAGCCUGGUGGAACCGGACAUGAUUGGAAUUCUGUUUACCACGCUCGCCAUGAUGGAUACUGCAGGUAGCUUAAUGGCGGGACCGGUAGUGGCUUGGAGCUUUGGUUGGAGUUUGGGGCUGGAGGGGCUGUGGAGGGGACUGCCGUAUAUGGUGUCUUGUGUACUGUGUGCGGUGGCGACGAUAUUCUUGAUUUUCGGAGUCAGAGCGGACAGGCCUGGUUCUGUGGAUGAGACCACGGUCGGGAGGAAGGGCCCGAAGGGAAAGGGCAAAGCCAAGGGGAGGGGGAAGGGGAAGGGGAAGGGGAAGAGUGUUGCAAGGGUCGCUGUGAGGGCUUUGAGAGAUGUAGAGGAGGAGGAAGAUCAGGAGGAGGGGGAGACACGGCCGUUGUUGGCUGAACGAUAA